UCUUGUGUCCUAUUCUUGCAGGAAGAAUUUUGAAUCGUUUCUCUAAAGACAUUGGCCAUAUGGAUGACUUGCUGCCCCUGACAUUUCUUGAUUUCAUCCAGACAUUUCUACUUGUGAUUGGUGUGGUGGGUGUGAUGGUGGCUGCAAUUCCUUGGAUUGCUAUACCUGUGAUUCCGCUUGGCAUCCUUUUCUUUGUUCUUUGGCGAUAUUUCUUAGAGACAUCACGAGAUGUGAAACGCCUGGAAAGUACAACUCGGAGCCCGGUGUUUUCCCACUUAGCAUCUUCUCUCCGGGGACUCUGGACCAUCCGGGCAUACAAAGCUGAACAGAAGUUUCAGGAGCUGUUUGAUGCAUACCAGGAUUUGCAUUCAGAGGCUUGGUUCCUGCUUUUGACGACGUCCCGAUGGCUCGCUGUGUAUCUGGAUGUCAUCUGUGCCAUCUUUGUCACUGUUGUUGCCUUUGGGGCCCUGAUUCUGGUAGAAUAUGAUAUCAGUAGAAAGGGUAAUUGAAUAUACAGACCUCGAGAAAGAAGCACCCUGGGAACUUGAGUAUCGUCCACCACCAUUCUGGCCCCCAGACGGAAGGAUUUCCUUUUUCAGUGUGAACUUCAGAUAUAACUUGGA